CAUUGUUUUGUUUUGGUAUUAAUCAAAUUUGAUUUUCGAAAAAGAAAAUAUUUUUCUAAAAAUAUUUUUUUUCCUUAUAAAUAGAGAAGGAGUAAGAAACGAUAGAAAAUUCUCUUCUCUUCCUUGCUUGAAACAGAUCAUUAGUUCAGCAUGGCAAUUUCGGUUGAAAAUGUUGAGGCACCAAGAAAAAUGCAGGGAAAAUUUCAAGCAAUGUUCAUAUGUUUUAUCCUCGGACUUGGUUCCCUUAUCGCAUUGAACAACAUGUGGACAAUGGGAGAUUAUUACUACAAAAUCUUCCCGAAAUAUCAUCCUAUCCUGGUAUUCACUCUAGUUUAUCAACCAUUUGCACUUGUAACAACAAUGAUAUUGGCGCAUUAUGAGUCAAAAAUCAGUACCCGAAUUCGGAACAUAAGUGGAUACACGCUAUUCUUUGUCUGUUCUUUGUUCCAGAUUGUCUUAGAUUUGGCUACAUCAGGAGCAGGAGGAAUCGGGCCUUUUAUCGGUUUAUGCGGACUUUUUUCUUUUUUUGGAAUUGCUCAUGCUUUUGUCCAAGGAGGCAUCUCCGGAGACCUCUCCCUUAUGAUUCCUGAGUUCAUUCAGUCUUUUAUCGGCGGAAUAACAGCCUCGGGAGCUAUAGCUUGUGGUGUGAGACUUUUCACCAAAUUCUUUUUUGAGAAAUCUGACAACGGUCUUCGCAAAGGCGCUUUGUUAAGCUUAGGCAUCUCUACAUUAUUUCAGCUUUUGAGCAUUGUCGCGUAUGGAAUUUACUUUCCAAAGUUAUCUAUAGUAAAAUACUAUCGUUCAAAGGCUGCUUUAGAAGGAGCUGAAACCGUUUCAGCUGAUCUCGCUGCUGCUGGCAUUCAAAAUAACGAGACAAACCAACAGGUUGGAUUUGAUGCUAAUCUACAAGCACGGUUAAGCAAUAAGACACUGUUUCUUCAAAACAUCGACUUUGCAGCUACCUUAUUCAUGGUAUAUGUAUUAACGCUAUCGAUUAUGCCUGGAUUUUUGUAUGAAGAUACUAGACCGCACAAACUUGGAACAUGGUAUCCACUUGUUUUGAUCACAAUGUACAACAUCAUGGAUCUAGUAUCAUCCUAUAUUCCCCUUAUCAAAAGCUUGAAGAUGGAAUCUAGAAAAGGACUUUUGUUCACAACUAUUUCUCGAUUCCUUUUGAUCCCUGCAUUUUACUUUACAGCGAAACACGGUAGCCAAGGUUGGAUGAUUCUACUUGUAUCAUAUUUGGGACUAACCAAUGGUUAUCUCACUGUUUGUGUGUAUACAGUUGUACCUAAAGGAUACAAGGGUCCGGAACAGAAUACGUUGGGUAAUUUGCUUGCGUUGUGGCUUUUGAGUGGUAUAUUUGUCGGAGUUGCUCUUGGUUGGUUGUGGCUAAUUGGAAAACCACAACAUAUCUAAUUGGAAGCUUUUUAUUUAUAAGACAAAUGAUUGGAUAAUUCUUUAGCAUUAGUAGUGUGAAAUGAGGUUUUUGGUUAUGUAUUUGGUUUUGAUGCUUGGAUCAGUUUUGUAUGAUUCUGAGAAUUGCUUUACGCAGAAACUAUAGGUUAUUUCUCAGCAACAUCUGUAACACAUCUUUUACAAUGCUGUCUUAAAUGAAAUAAACUUAUGAAUAAUGGCUAUAGCCUAUUCUUGCUUGGAAAGACAAGCCUAUUCUUGCUAAAGGUAUCCAAAAGAGCCUAUGAGAGCUCAUUCCAAAAAGGACAUUUGGGUACGGUUAAGCCUAAGUUAGCCUAAGUCAUCUGUGGUUGCUUAUUUGAUCUUGAUAGAUCUACAUCAAAAUCAAAACAUUUUGAUCUUGAUAGAUCAACCACAGAUGAGUUUAACACAUGCCAUCUUUGAGGCCGUGUAGUACAGAUUACAACAUGAGGCCUGAAAUUUGUCAUGAGUAAACAGUGUCUAAGUAGGUUCUCAUAAAAUGUUCUUUGCGGUGAAACCGUAGUUAAAUAGAGUGUAUUUUUUUUGUCAUGGUUAAACUGCAGUUAAUUACACAUGACCUCUAAAAACUUGAGACGACUCUUGUUGAAUGCAUGGAAUCAUUGACUACAAGAAAUCCAAUUUAAGUGUAGGGACAUUUUGGAGUAUUGAGAUCAUCAUUUGCAGAUAUUGCAGUUUCAGGUGAAAGGGAAAUCUAAGACAGUGGACUGUGGAAAUCACUAAGUUUUAUCCCGGGAAGAAAUAUCCAUGAGAACAUUGUGGUGGCUCAAGAGAUGAUUCAUAGUAUGCACCAUAUGCAAGGAAAAAAGGGGUUUUUUGCGACUAAAAUGGAUCUCACCAAAUCCUAUGAUAUGCACAAGCAUUGCAUUGCAGAUUUAGUCGAAGCAGUUCCAACGAAGGUGCAGUAUUACAAAGUCCGAUAUGGUUAACAGUAGAGGUGACUGGUGGAUAUCCAGAAUUGCAUUCACGCGGUGGUGCCUCCCUGAAAUAUCUUCUGUUUCGAGUGUAUACAGAAUGAUGAGAGAAACUGAAGACCUGCCUGUGGAUAAUAGUAGAAAUUAGAAGAUAAUUUGGAAGUUAAAUAUCCAUGAAAGAGUCAAGACCUUUUUAUGGUAGUUGCGCAUGGCAGACUGCUCACGAAUAAACUGUUGUUGAGUAACAUUAUCAGGAAAGGUCCAUUGGAAGUUAAAGAUGUAUUCACUAAGUUUAGAGGUAAAAAGAGAGGAACGUCAUGCUAGUUGUCAUGCCAGACUUUGAUGGUUCGGACAUCACCGACAAGCCACUGUGAGUUGUCAAGAAUGACACUAAAUUCAUCUUUCACACAACUCCAGAUGGAAGAGAAUAUGUGAUGAUUUAUGGCUUUACCGUUCCUGCAAGCUCUAUUAUUUAAAAACAUGCUCCAUUGUUCCCCAUAGUGCCUUAUAUCCCACCAAAGCUUCAAGUUUGAAGCAUCAUUAAGGAUCUUAAGGGACCUUAAACCAAGGCCACCUUCCUCAUAUUGCUUGUAAAUUUUCUUCCAUGAAAUUGUGACUAGUUUUCUUUCAAUAAUGUCCUCACUCCAAGUGAAUUUUUUUAUCCAUUUCUACAGGUCACUAAGCAAAGAAAUGGACCAUGACAAGAAUGCACAGUAAUGCUAUGAGUCAAUAUACUUUGGAUGACAGACUUGAGAACAUAGAACUCUUGUUCUGAUAAAUUAGGAAAGACAUUCAAGGGGUUGUGUGCAAUGGAGAUGCAUCAGCCAGUGGUAUAUUGGUAUCAUCCAAGUUACUAAGGAUGACUUGUUUAAGGCUGAAGAAUGGGAGUUGUUUGGACAGUCUGUUCAUGGUAUAAUGAUCAGUAAAUGCCAUAGUUUGUGUGGUCUGCCUGAAGAGGGAAUCUCCUCUUUUGGUGCAGAAGGAUAAACACCUUACAUCUCAAAGUCAGACAGGUGGUCUGAAACUUGCUUCUAAAGAAGCUCUUUGGUGUAUGGUGACAGCUGCUGAUUUUUCUACAUUAUUGAUCAGCUGCUGAAUUAUGAGCUCACGUAUCCCCUGUAAGGAGUUGUGCAUGAAAUACUAUGGAUGUUCCUCCAAAGCCGUAGUAUAUGUCAUACACAGGUGUUUGAGAUUAAUGUCAGGUCUGAUGUUGAAGCAUCAUCUCAAAUGUGUGUUUUCAGCCAAGGUAGUAUGUGUGACUCAUAGAGAAGAUUGUUGUGGAUAAGAUGGAAUCCUUCCAUGCUGAUAACUUAGAUUUGAUCUUAUCUGCAAUGGGUUGCAAGUGACAGGAUUGGAUCAAAUCUUGGUGUUAAACCUGAUGAGUUUAGUUUUGGAUUUCUCGUUUAUUUAUAUGAACUUAAAGGGUUACAAGAUAAGAUAGAUGAGUUAAAAGUUUUGAUGACAGGUUUUGGUUACACAAAAUACAAUAAAUGCUUCUAUUCUAAUUAUUGAAGCUCAGAAGUUUGAGUCUUCUCAUAUCAACAAAGUUGACGAGUCUAUAGGUUUUGGUGUUGUUAACACAUGUGUUAGUAUUGGACUAUCAGACAAAACACACAGUAUUCUCGAUGAAAUGAAUGUUUUGGGAGGCUCGGUCGGUCUUGGGGUCUAUGUACCGAUCUUGAAGGCUUAUUGCAAGGGGAAUGGAACUGCGGAGGCUACUCUAUUGGUGAUGGAGAUUUGUAGUUCAGGUCUUCAAUUGGACUUGGAAACUUUUAAUGCUCUGAUAGAAACGUCCAUGCUCGGUCAAGACUUUCAGUCGGUCUUCAAGGAUUACUGAUUUGAAAGGGAGUUAGUUGACUAUAAUGACAGGUUUGAUGGAGAAUAAUCGACCUGAGUUGAUGGAAAUAAGGCCAUUCUACAGAAUUUGAG